AUGCCUGAAAAGAGCACAGCUGCUGAUCGCUCCUGCCAAUUAUCUUGUCCGGCCGUGGAGCAGUCCACUAGUGCUGUGCUGGGGGCUCGCCCUGUAAGUCGUCUGUCGUCUACGAACGUGCUCGUGCUACUGGCCGACAGAAACCACUUGGUUCUGCGCCGGAACGCUCGCCUCGUGCCCGUUCCUAUUUGUAUUUACGUGCCCCGUAGAGCUCCUCGCCACGCCACUCGAGUCGUCAACGAUGCCCGUGCAGUCACCACGUGCGCCGCUUGCUGUAGUCGCUCACGAAGCGGGUUGGCCCUGCUCGUUCGCCUCCCUGCUUCGCUCGCUCUCCGUUUCGCACACUCGGACAGCCUUCGUCUGCCGGUCCUCGUGUACUCUCCACUCCGUUCACGCACUCGGUCGACUAUUACGCCAACCUCGUACGCUCUUUCUACUCCGUUCACGUGCUUGGUCGACUGUUACGUCAACCGCGUACGUUCUUUCCACUCCGUUCGCACACUUGGUCGACUGCUACGUCAAACCUCGUGCGCUCUACCACUCCGUUUGCGUCUUCCACCGCAAUUUGUGUCAGGACUGUGCUCCAAGCCGCAGAUCCAAAAGUGA